AUGUCUACUACUACUACCCCCAUCAUGUCUGCAAAGAGCAAUAAAACCGCCAAACUUCCUGCCAAGCCUCAUGCCAAGCGCACCCCGGCUGCCAAGCCUCCAGCCAAGCGCACACGGGCUACCAAGGCUUCCAAAACCGCCGAGAGUUCUAAAACCGCAGAACUUUCUGCCAAGUCUUCCGAAACCGCCAAGCCUACCGAAAUCGCCGAGCCGGUUCCCAAGCCUUCUGAUUCUGGCACCCCUACCGCCACCCCCAAGCCUAUCGCUAAGCCUCCCGCCAAGCGCACCCGAGCUGCCAAGGCUUCUAAGAGCGCCGAGAGUUCUAAAACCGCCGAGCUUCCUGCCGAGCCUUCUGCUUCUGGUACCCCUGCUGCCAAGCCUUCCGAUACCGCCGAGCCGAUUACCAAGCCUUCCGAUUCAGGCACCUCUGCUGCCAAGCCUUCCGAUACCGCCGAGCCGAUUGCCAAGCCGUCCGAUUCCGGCACCCCUGCUGCCAAGCCUUCCGAAACCCGCCCCAUUCAGUAUCAUGAGUCAGCUGCUGAGGCAUUAGUAAUGGGUGGUGUUACCAAUACUGCUACUGCUAAGAAAUUGGCUAGUAUGGAUUGGAUUAGACCUGUUAUGAUUAAGGAAGACAGGGGUCUUAAUAUGGCAAGGCCAGUUAAUGUUGAGGCUAUAUUGGGAUACAGCAGGGGUGAACUUGCAGAGGCAGUUUGUGACUGUUGUACUGACGAUAAGGGCCCUUUUAUUGAAUGUGUAACUGUGCAGGGCAAAUAUUGCAAUUUUCGUCCUGAAAUUAAACCUCGCGAACGCUCUGCACUCAUUGCAAGCUCUUCUACAGUUACUGCGGAGGGUGCAGACAGGCAUAGGAGAGUUGCAAAGAGGAAGCGGUCCACUACCAAGGAAAAAUGGUGGAGGCUUUUGAUAGCGGUGGAGGGAGUGGCUGAUGCAAUUGAGGAUAUCAUGAACGAAAUGGAAGAUUAA